GGUCUCACCUCAGGCGCCAGUACUAUUUUGUCUCCACACAACACACCACAAUGCUCCAGCUCCUGUUUGCUCUGGCCCUUAUGGGAGCCGUCCACGCUGACAAGAUGUUCAGCCCACCCGCUCCUCCCGCCCCAGGAUACUCGUACGGCGCCCCGGACCUCAGGGCCGACGCCUCCUCUCUCGACCAGCAGGAGCAGGACCCCAUCGCCGCCCUGGCCGCCAACAUCCCCGGCGGAGGCGUCCCUGGCGAGGACUACCCCAUCCUGGCCUCCGUCCCCGACACCGGCUUCUCCUGCGAGGAACAACAGUUCCCAGGCUACUAUGCUGACACCGCCCCGGAGGCCGGCUGCCAAGUGUUCCACAUCUGCCAGUUCGACGGCCGCCACGACGCCUUCCUGUGCCCCAACGGCACCAUCUUCAACCAGCAGUACUUCGUGUGCGACUGGUGGUUCAACGUGGACUGCGCCGCGUCCGUGCAGUUCCGGAGCCUCAACGCUGACAUCGGCAAGAUCCCUGAAGACGCCGCUGCCUCCGUCCGCGAAGACGUCGUGGCACCCAACCAGCUCUAUGGCACUCCCGAGGCGCGCCUGGACACGACAGAGCCUCCCGUCACAGUUCCAGAGCCUUCCAUCUUCUAUAGCAGUCCACAGCUAGGAUAAGUAUAUUUUUUCCUCGAUGGUCGAUGAUAGUGGUCUAAUAUAUCUUCAUACACAAUCUAAUUUAUUUUCAUAAAGAACUUGCAAUAGGAUUAAUUCUUACUGCAGUCACUGUCUAAACCAACAGUUGACUCUUUUUUUAUCGGACUGUAAUACUGACGCAUAUUCUUGCCCCUCAUUUUUUUUGUCAUCUAAAGUUCUUUGAAGUACAACGCAUUACCGUCACUAUCACAGAGAAACUUUCCUCUGCCUUAGUUGGGAUAGAAACCAAACUAAAUGCCACAUUUCAGAUUGUGACUGAUAUUCUUGAAGAAAUGUGACACAGUGGUUGACUUAUUUAUCUUUGUGUUCUUGUAUUUGUUCUUGUCUGCUUUGAACUACUUGUUUUUAUUUAUUUUUCACUAUUAUGUACUACAGUAUUUUUCAUAUUUCUAGAAUAAGUGACAUUUAAAAAAUGUCUGCCUCUCUGUCAGUCGAUUUACUUCUGUCUCUCUCUUUAUUCUUUUGUUUGUCUACUUGGCACUGUAUUUUCUUAUCUCUAUACUUAAAUAUCUAUGUCACCUUCGGUAUUAGUCCACGUAAGGCUUAAUAUGCCAGUCUGUUUCUCCUUCCCUUCUUCACUUCCUUUUUACUGCCUUUUCUCUUUCUCUCCUUUCCUUCAUCUCUUUCUCUUUCUUUUGUCCUUCGUAGAACAUGUACACUCUCCCUUCGCAUCUUAUUUACUUCACUCCUCUCUCUCACUUUCUCUUUCUUCCUCUCUCUGUUCAUACUUUCUCUCCUUCACUUCCCCUUCUGUUUUCCAUUCCUUCUCUGUUUUCCAUUUCUAUUAUACUCUAUUCGUCGAUUGUCUUUAUUGCUCUUCCUCACACAUACACUUUCUCUGUCUGUCUAUCUGUCACUUUCUUUCUCCAUGACCCCACCCAUCUCUCUCUCUACGGAGUAAAAGAUAAGAAAAAAAUAGAAUUAACAAGCGUUUGUAUAUGCAAAUGGUAUAUAGGUAUAUGAAUACGUAUUAUGCCAAAUUAUUAUCUUAUAGAAUGCAAUUUACAUAUAAUUUUACUAGUCUGUCAAGACGUCAGUUUCACAAAUUAUGUAAUUGAAAUAAUUGUGUA